AUGACAGUAUCCCCUAGUAGUAUCAAUAUCACUCCCGAUCAUUUGGAUUUCUUAAAUGAAAAGCUUCAGUCGUUAUCAGCAUCUGAAAUCAUUAGGUGGGCAUAUUAUACUUUUCCAAAUUUGUAUCAAACUACUGCAUUUGGAUUAACUGGAUUGGUGACAAUCGACAUAAUCUCCAAGUUAUCCCAGGAGUUAAACAAUGACCAUUUAAUCGACUUGAUCUUUAUUGAUACCCUUCAUCAUUUCCCACAAACUUAUGAUUUAGUUAACAAAGUCGAAACGAAAUAUAAACCAAAGAUUCAUGUUUUCAAACCUCGUGAUGUCAAUACCGAAUCCGAAUUCACCACUAAAUAUGGGGAUCAACUCUGGGAAACCGAUGAUUCAUACUAUGAUUUCCUUGUGAAGGUAGAUCCAAGUCAACGUGCAUAUUCGACUCUUGGCGUAAAUGCGGUGCUAACCGGUCGUCGUCAAUCUCAAGGUGGUGCUCGUGGUAGUUUGAAAAUAUUAGAAAUCGAAGAAACUAGUGGAAUAAUCAAAAUCAACCCAUUAUGGAAUUGGGAUUUCGCUCUGGUGAAGGCAUAUAUUGAUGAGAACGACGUCCCAUACAAUGAAUUAUUGGACUUGGGUUACAAAUCGAUUGGUGAUUGGCAUUCCACUGUUCCUGUUGCCGAUGGAGAAGAUGAGAGAAGUGGAAGAUGGAAAGGACAGGCAAAGACUGAAUGUGGUAUCCAUGAAACAAGUAAAUUUGCCCAAUAUUUAAAACAAUCUAAGGAAUCGAAUGUUUAA